UCUACACACAUACACUAUGUUUGCAAAAAAUAAAAUCAAUAAAUAAUAAAUAUAAGCUUAAGCGUGAGCUAGGUCUUAUGGUGUUUGUAUACAAUUUGUAUAUCUUUGUAAUUUUUGUUAUAAAAAGUCAAUACCAAGACGUGGAUAUUUAAUUAAUAUUUCAAUGGAUUCCUUGGAUUAUCAAAAUCGGCUACCAAACCGUUCUUCAGAUUCUAUGAUUGGUAUUAAACAUGGCAAAGUUGCAGAAUUGGUUGACAAUAUAAGACAACAGCAAAAUGAAAUAAUAAAUAGGAAAACGGGACCAUCCAUUCCACCAAAGCCACACAAAAGACGAACUGAAAUGCCGCAAGUUCCCUCCAGCAUGCAAGUGACUUGUUCGCGCGAGCCUCUCUAUUCCCAGCCACUUAUGGGAAUGGAAAACCCCUUACUUUUUCGAAAACAUCAAUUACGUUCUACCGAAUUUAAUCGUAAUGAAAAUCCUAUAAUUAAUGCGAAGACGACAUUGGAUAACCCGGCUAUAUUGGACCAGCAGUUGGAAGCUUUAGCUUAUCACAAACUUCAAAUGGAAAGAAAAGGUCUUUUGGGAAUACCAGUUCAAUCACCAUCAAUUGUCCCAAAACUAUCACCGAAUUCAUUAAGCAAUUGCAAAGUAUAUACCAAUAUGGCUUCAGCGCCUUAUAGGGGAUCACAUUUGGAAGUUUCAGAUGCAAAUGAUUCAGUUUCAGAGUCUACAACCCAUAAGUUGCUUUCAGUGUGCACUAACAUACAAUCGGAAGAUGACAGAGAGGAUGACGUGCCGCCACCUCCAAGCCCUGUGAGUGCUGUUAGUUCUUCUUACAGCGAGCUAAGACGUGCGUCGUCUAAUGUGCUUAGCAACAAAUCUUCAAUGGAUAAUUCGUUACAAAAUAAUUUAAAUUCCAAAAGUCAACAUUUAAAAACAUACGUCAAUCAGUACCCGAUCCAACAACCAAAGGGUACCGUCAGUAAGAAUACUGUCAAGCCAAAUGCUAACACAAAACUUUAUUAUGGCUACGGUCGAGUAUCCCAGAGCACUUCCACAUAUGAUUCCAUAUAUGAACCUAUAAGCCCUCGUCCAUCUGGUGAUCAUUUUCCAAGGGAUUGUAGUAGUAAUUUAUAUGGUUCAUUCAUUAAUGAUUGCAAUUCUCCAAAUAUUUCGAGUACUUCUUAUAAUACCAGUUUGCCAACUGAAGAUUACACAAUUGGUAAUACUACGUAUCAGAAUAAAUUGAGUGGGAGCAACUUGAUUUCAGAGGAUUCAUCGAUUGCAACACCACAAGAGUUCGAAAACUAUGGUAGGUGCGUCAAAUGCAACUCCCGAGUUUUGGGCGAAAGCAGCGGCUGCACAGCAAUGGAUCAAAUCUAUCACAUUUCCUGCUUUACAUGCACCGAAUGCCAGAUCAAUUUACAAGGAAAACCAUUCUAUGCUUUGGAUGGCAAACCCUUUUGUGAAUAUGAUUAUCUCCAGACCCUUGAGAAGUGCUCCGUUUGCAUGGAGCCUAUUUUGGAAAGAAUUCUUAGAGCCACCGGGAAGCCAUAUCAUCCGCAGUGCUUCACAUGUGUUGUGUGUGGCAAGAGUUUGGAUGGUUUACUAUUUACUGUCGACGCCACGAAUCAAAACUAUUGCAUUACUGAUUUCCACAAAAAAUUUGCCCCACGCUGCUGUGUCUGCAAGCAACCAAUUAUGCCAGAGAUUGGCCAAGAGGAAACCGUUCGAGUUGUGGCUUUAGAUCGAAGUUUUCACCUCGAGUGUUACAAAUGCGAGGAUUGUGGACUUCUACUCUCAUCCGAAGCUGAAGGCCGCGGAUGUUAUCCGCUCGAUGAUCAUGUUCUCUGCAAAAGCUGCAAUGCUAAACGCGUUCAAGUUUUGACAAAACGCAUGACCUAGAAAUAUAUAUUUAAUGUAAAUUGAAUGUAUUUAUUUAAAAAUCAUAAAACCAUAUUUACUUAAAACUUUUUUUACCAGCGUAUAUCGAUGAUUUUCUGGAAAAGAAGGUGGAAGAUAACAUUCAGAUAACAUUAGAUAAUAUAUAUAAAUACAAGUAUAAACUUUUAAAUAUAAAAAAUAAAAAAUGA